GCGAUCAGUGCGUGCUCCUCGAUGAUGACGAGGUGCGGGCUGUUGAGCCAGAGGUCCUGAGGAGCUUCUACGGCGUGGCGAACCCGCAGACACAGGGCAGCCGGCGCGGCCCAGCCGCGGCGGCGGGGCCCGCGGUGGGAGCAGCAGCGGCUGGGGCGCGAACGACAACG